UGCGCAUGUGCGGUACUUAACACGUGUGGUGAACGUUUGGACUGGUUGCAUGUAACUGUGCUUAAGGAGUUUGUAGCAUAACAAAAACAUAGCUUACACAAAACCUAAAUAUUUUGUAUUGUUUCCCUUCCAUAUCCAAGGAAAAGCAAAUAGUCCUCCGUGAAGCAUUUCGCCGAGAGGGCCGGAAUACGAGAAAAACACUUCAUAAUGACUGAACCUCAAGUGAACCCAAAGGCCUACCCGCUGGCCGACGCCACGCUGACCAAGACCAUCCUGGACCUGGUGCAGCAAGCCUCCAACUACAAACAGUUGAGGAAGGGGGCUAAUGAAGCCACUAAGACUCUGAACAGAGGAAUCUCUGAGUUCAUAGUGAUGGCUGCUGAUGCUGAACCACUGGAGAUCAUCCUCCACCUGCCUCUGCUCUGUGAGGACAAGAAUGUUCCGUAUGUGUUCGUUCGCUCUAAGCAGGCUCUGGGACGAGCCUGUGGGGUGUCGCGCCCCGUCAUUGCUACCUCAGUCACCAUAAAGGAGGGGUCUCAGCUCAAACCACAGAUUCAGUCUGUCCAGACGGCCAUCGAGAGACUGCUUGUGUAACUUUUUGUUGCACUGUGAUAUAUUCUCAUAAAAAAGGAGACUACUUCCAAAUGGAAAAAUAUUCUUUACUCUUAUGUUAUGUACGACAAGACAGUGAACCUUUUUGUUUUUUACUUUGUCGGACGUUUGGUCCACUUCAGUGUAUCAGUUUGCCAUGGCAUGUUCUGAUUCAUAAUAAAAUCAUUUUUAUUUAA